AUGCAUUCUCGCUUCAUCUGGCUCGUUAUCCUUGCAUCACUGGAGUAUGCAACGGGACAGAGCACUAUCGGCCUUUGCAAGCCUGCCGCGUCUUCCUGUGCAGCCCUGCCUGCGGUUUCUGCAGAAAUCUGCUCGGAUCUCAUUGCAUCGAAAUCACUCUCUGUAACCGCUUGCUUCGUCCCCGCCGCAAGCGAAGCGGUCACGGUUACCAAGCCCGUCGUCAUCCGAGAAACAGAGACCAUCACGGCAACAACUACAACCGAGGUUAUCACUACUACCUAUUCACAGAGCAGAACUAAGACGCUUCCUACCAUCACGGCGCUGUAUAGCACAGAGGUUGUCUCCCGGACUGACACCAAAUGGCUGUUCACUACGCUUCCGAAACCUCGAACAUAUCUCAGUACAGUUAUUGUUACUACUACUCUGCCAGCCACAAAGACCAGUAGCACUACUUCUACGUGGGCACAGCAGUCCUGCGAUGCCGGAAACAACAAGCUGAAACUUAAGAGAGGCCACUUGGGUGAAAGAGCCGCUCUUCCCCGUGACUGCUACUGUUACUUGACAAGCACUUCAACGAGUGCCAUGACACAAUUCACAACCAUUGUUGAACGGCCCACGGUUACCACGACCUACACAAAGAUCGCUAGCGGCAAGGCCCCAACUGUCACUAAGCGCAUUACCGUCAAAGAAACCACUACCGUCUCCAUGAUCAUUGGUGCAGUCACAGACAUUUCCACCACUGUCACCAAGACCAGACUCUCCAAGAGCACAACAACAUCCAUCUCUACCCGGUUCUCGCUCACAUCUGUCACUGUCCCCUAUACCAAGACAGUCACAACAAGAACCAUCCCCGUCUCCACCAUCCAGGUCAACCCGUGCGGGCCUACAGAUUAUGGCCGGAUCGAAAUCGGUGUUCCCGACUCCCCAGAACUUAUGGAGAGCAACGAAGUGGCCCUUCCAGGCAGCACUAACGUUAACAAGGACUGCUGUAAUGCCUGCUACAAGACUCUUGGCUGUGUUUAUUGGGCUCGCAGUAACACUGAUGGGACGUGCCUCAACUUCCAGGCCAUUGACUCGGCUGGAUGCUCGACCUCUCAGUGUCCCAACGGGUUCCCUGAAUUUGGUAUUUCCGACACUGAUGACGGUUAUAGCUAUUUUGCUGGCCCUUGUGGAAGUGGCUUGAUGUGA